GAACAGUCAUUCGAACCGGGAAAAUAAAAAAUGUCGGAAGCGACUUCAGCAAGCGCUGCCGCGAUUUCUGCAGCAACCGUCGCCGAUGAUUAUUUCCGGCCGUCGUCCAUCAGUAAACUUCCGAUCACCGAUGUUGGCGACUCCUCCACUUCCUCCUCGUCAAAUGCUUACGUAACUCAGACAUUUCCUUUCUCAUCUGGAAACCCUAGAAUCGAACAGACUAGAGGCGUUAUGCAUCUAUUUCUCGACGAUGCCGUUUCUUCUUCAUCCAAUUUACCUGUUGGAAGAAUGCCUCUUAUUUGUGUACUUGGGGUGCCAAAUCACAUGACAUACGCUGACUUUUGCCAGUUUUGUGGUUCUUUUAUUCAUCAUAUUUUGGAGAUGCGCAUUGUCAGGAAUGAUGGAAUGGAGAACCGGUAUAGUAUUUUGGUACGAUUUGAUGACCAAACCUCAACAGAUGCAUUUCAUAAGCAUUUUAAUGGAAGGCGUUUCUCAUCUCUUGAGACAGAGUCAUGUCGUGUGCUUUUCACCUUUGAUGUGCAAUAUACAAGCUUAAUUGAACAUGCGCAAACUUCCCCUGCAAGUACAGAGCAGCCUUCAUGUCCAGUCUGUCUUGAGAGAUUGGACCAAGAUAUGAGUGGGAUUCUGAUAACCAUGUGCAACCAUUCAUUCCAUUGUUCGUGUAUUUCAAAAUGGACAGAUUCUUCAUGCCCUGUAUGUCGUUAUUGUCAGCAGCAGCCUGAAAAGUCUAAAUGCCUGAUCUGUCAAACCUCAGAAAAUGUCUGGUUAUGUCUUCUUUGUGGCUUUGUUGGCUGUGGAAGAUAUAAAGAUGGGCAUGCCAUUCAACACUGGAAAGAAACACAACACUGCUACUCCCUUGAACUGGAAACACAACGUGCCUGGGAUUACGUUGGUGACAAUUACGUUCACCGUUUACUUCAAUCCAAGACAGAUGGAAAGCUGGUUGAGUUGAAUACGACUGAUAAUAUUGAUUUUGGCACUGAUCCUGGAUUCAGUGAAGCUCUUCUGAAUAGCCGAGUUGAAUCUAUCGCCAAAGAGUAUAAUGAGCUACUCACUACCCAACGCGAGAAUCAAAAAAUGUAUUUUGAAUCUUUACUCCAAGAGCUUGAAGAACAAAUUGAGCGGGAUAUUUCAGCUGCUGUAAAAACUUCUUUGGAGCAAAAUACGAAAUUGCAAAAGAUGCAAGCCAAGCUAGAUAAAGGACUCAAAGAGAAGAAAUUUCUAGAUGAUAUCAACGAGAAUCUUUUGAGAAACAAGGAGAUAUGGGAAGGCAUCAUAGUGAAAAUCCAAGAAAGGGAGAAGGAAGCUUCAAGGCUCAAAGAUCAGAAGAUACAAGAUUUGGAGGCCCAGCUUCAGGACUUGAUGGCAUCUCUUGAAGAAAUUAAUACGGUAGAACCGUCUCCAACAUCGCACUAGACGAACAAAAUCUUUUGGUCUUUCUUUCGUCUUUAAGAAGGCGUUAGUGGCGGUCUCAUUGUAAAUUCCUUCGUUUUGCUUUUUUAUAAGCGUAGCCGUAGCAAGUGGAGUACAUAAUCUUCCGUGUCGAAUUCACAUCCCCAAGUAACAUCUCGAUCCUAAGCUAUGCGACUUCAUUGUCGAACACAAUUAACGAAGUCGCUUACACAAGUCGUUUAGAUGAACUAAUUUUCUUCUGCAGGUUCAUGCUCGUCCGCAUGUAGCAAACGAUGUACCGAGAGUUGUCUUCUAUUAUGCGUGCCUUGCAAGUCAACUAUAGAUCGCCAAGUUGUAGUAACAUGUGUAUCACAAAAUUCAACAUUACACUCUACUCGGUUCCUGAUUAUCUUUAAAAAACGACUCAAAUUAACAAUUAACGAUGAAUGUUAAACCCCGAAUUGCUAG